AUGGCAUUCCCGGGGCCUGACAUCUGCCCAACCCUCAGGAAGCUCACCCGUGACGAUGUCACCAAGAUUUGGGCUGCUGUGUCUCAUUACAUUCGGCUACAGCUGCUGCUGAACAAGGCUGUCAAAAUAACUGGAAUUGGGACAUUCUUUAUUGUUAAGGAGCAAUAUCCCAGUGGCUGCAAGGCUCCUUUCAUUCUUCGGAGACCCGUAUUCAUGCCCUCCGAGGCUUUUGUGGAGCUCCGCGGGCUCAAACCUGCUAACGAAGAGAUUCUUGGGGACAGAGAAAUUGCGCAGUUGAACUACCCAAGGAUUGCCUUGGAGGCCGCCUUUUCUCCGGACACAGUGCAGGGAUGCGUAGACGAGACCGUGUUCCUGUUUGCUUGCUACCUACUGGACGGCAAGAACGUAGACUUUGUUCUCAAGGACGUGGGCAUUCUCGUCGUCCGUGGAAAAGACGUGAGGAUGAGAUAUUGCGACCAGUUUCUCCUCACUGUGGACUGGAGUGGAAACCUCAUGAAAGCUCUGUGCAGUAAUCCACAGACAGAGGACUUGGUCGUAACAAGCAGGGAAGCAGCGGUUUAUAAAAUGCAUCCUGGCUGUGUCCUCGUCUUUCCAGCGAUUGCAAGAGAUUUAGCAGAGAACAUCCCCGUGCCCUUACCAGAAGCCCCCAUCCAGGAAAAGAAGGGUGAAAAGACAGAAGGGAGAGAUGCGGAAAUAAAGAAGGAGCUGCAGCGUGAAGCACACAAGGAGGAACCGAAGAAAGAAGGCAGCGCUCCUGCCAGCCGCCCCCUUAGCCGAGACCAGCUUUCCCUGCCCAAGAUUGCUGGGGCCGAAGCCAAGGAAGACAAAGGGCAGAGAGUCAAAAGGAAGAAGAAGUCUCUCAGUCGUCUUCCAGCAAUCCAAGGGAGCAGCAUGCAGGGCGAGAGCGGCAAGCAGGCAGUCACCACUCGAGCAAGAGUCCUAUACGUGUGCCCUAAAUGUGGGAGUAUUGAGGAAGAACAACAGAUUGCUGGGGCCGAAGCCAAGGAAGACAAAGGGCAGAGAGUCAAAAGGAAGAAGAAGUCUCUCAGUCGUCUUCCAGCAAUCCAAGGGAGCAGCAUGCAGGGCGAGAGCGGCAAGCAGGCAGUCACCACUCGAGCAAGAGUCCUAUACGUGUGCCCUAAAUGUGGGAGUAUUGAGGAAGAACAACAGAAAUCUUCCACUCCUCGGAAAAUGGAGCAACAGGAAAAGGCUGGAGGAAACCAUCCCACAGAGGACAACGAGGUCCCCGCAAGAAGGAGCAUUUCCCCGCGGACUCUGCAGACCUUGCGUGCUGGAGUCACCCGUCUUGUGGAGAAAGUCAAGAGGACACAGACGGGAAGGACAUGUGCAGACAGUGAUGGCGAAGGGGAGCCAUCCCACGGCUGUACCAUGCUGAUCAGCCACCUGUACGAGGAAUACUGGUGA